AUGCAGAAAGUGGGCAUUAUUGGCUCGGGCAUCAUCGGCCUUCUGUCGGCUCUGACCCUCACCGAUGCCGGCUACAAAGUGACCAUCUCGGCCUUAGCACAUCGGGAUCCAACCAGCGGUGUUCAAGUCAUCAAGGCCACGGAACACUACGACGACCGCGAAGACGAUUCCAGCAUCUGGUACAAGGCGAUCGUGCCGCGCUACCGAUGGAUCCCGAAAGAAAAGCUGCCCGAUGGAGUGAAGCUCGGGUUUACAUAUACCUCCAUGACAAUCAAUCCCACAUACCUCCUCCCAUGGAUUCAAAAACAGCUGCAGGCUCGUGGGGUGACCUUCAUCCGGAAAACGCUGAGCUCGAUCGCAGAAGCCAAGAAGAUCACCGGAGCGAAGAUCAUCGUCCACGCCUCCGGGCUAGGUGCAUACACUCUCGCCGGCGACAAGAACGUGGACGCGAUUCGCAAACAGACCAUGUUCGUCAAGACAGACUUCGUCGAAGAGUUGAUGAUGCAUCAGGGCUCGCACUACACCUACGUUAUCCCGCGGAUGUUCACAAACGGUGCCAUUAUUGGAGGCGUGGGCCAUCCCGGGAAUCUGGAGCGUAACGUUGAUAGAGAUCUACGUGCGGAUAUCCUCCAGCGGGUGAAUACGAUGACGAAUGGCGGUCUUGCGGCGGUCGAUCUGGAGAAGGAUGUUCAGAAGGAUAUCGUCGCGUUUCGGCCGGGGAGGAAAGGAGGAUGUCGACUCGAAGCCGAGGGGGAUGUCGUGCAUGCCUACGGAUUUGCUGGCCUGGGGUAUAUUUUCAGCUAG